AUAAACUACUACUCUUUUUUCCCAACAACCACAGUGUAUUAAAUCAACAACGUGGUUAGAUCACAGAGCGGUGCUUUAGUUUUGAUUGAUUUCGCGAGUUUCCCAACUCUGCUAUGGCUUCCGAUGUCGAGCGACCGAGAUUUUCCUCCAUUUCUAAGGACGGAACGUCUUCCGGUGAAAUUGGUACCGAGCAAGAGCCUCUAUUGAAGAAUGGAAGCAACGAAGUUGAGGAGUAUUCUGUGGUUUCUGCGAUUCUUCCGUUUCUGUUCCCCGCUUUUGGAGGACUGCUAUAUGGUUAUGAUAUUGGAGCUACAUCUUCUGCUACUAUUUCCAUUCAGUCAGCCACAUUUAGUGGGAUCUCAUGGUAUAACUUGUCUUCUCUGCAAGUUGGUCUAAUUACCAGUGGCUCACUUUAUGGUGCACUGAUAGGCUCAAUUUUGGCAUUUAAUGUUGCCGACUUCCUAGGAAGAAGAAAGGAAUUGAUUGUUUCUGCUGUUACAUACCUUGUUGGUGGUCUUCUUACAGCUUUGGCUCCUAGUUUUACUCUCAUGGUGAUUGGGCGUUUCAUUUAUGGGAUAGGAAUUGGACUGGCAAUGCAUGCUGCACCAAUGUACAUUGCUGAAACAGCUCCUAGUCAAAUACGAGGGCGGCUUAUCUCUCUUAAGGAAUUCUUCAUAGUUCUUGGAAUGCUAGUUGGGUAUAUUGCUGGUAGCCUUUUGGUUGACAUUGUCACUGGCUGGAGAUACAUGUAUGGAGUUAGUGUACCUCUAUCACUGAUGAUGGGAGUUGGAAUGUGGUGGCUUCCUGCAUCUCCUAGAUGGAUACUUCUACGAGUGGUACAGGGAAAAGGAGAUGCUCAGGUUUUAAGAAAAGUUGCCAUAGAUUGCUUAUGUCAAUUGCGAGGUGCAGCUAUAGGUGAAUCAGCUCCUCAGAAAGUGGAUGAGAUUUUGUCUGAGCUUUCUUACAUGCGUGAAGAGCAAGAAGCUACGCUAGCUGAGGUAUUCCAGGGUAAGUGCUUGAAAGCACUUAUCAUUGGUGGUGGGCUAGUCCUCUUUCAGCAGAUUACAGGACAACCAAGUGUGUUGUACUAUGCCGCAACAAUUUUUCAGAGUGCAGGAUUUCCUGAAGCAUCAGAUGCGACUAAGGUGUCUGUUCUACUUGGUUUAUUGAAGCUGAUUAUGACGGGGGUGGCCGUUUUGGUUGUUGAUAGGCUGGGUAGGAGACCUUUGCUACUUGGAGGUGUAUCUGGCAUUACUGUAUCUCUAGUUCUUCUAGGAUCUUAUUACUCUUUCCUGGGUAAUGUACCUGCUUUGGCAGUUGUUGCUUUGCUCGUAUACGUUGGCUGUUACCAGCUAUCAUUUGGUCCAAUUGGUUGGCUGAUGAUCUCCGAGAUUUUCCCGUUGCGUCAAAGGGGACGAGGAUUGAGUAUCGCUGUUCUCAUAAAUUUCGGUGCGAAUGCACUUGUGGCAUUGGCAUUUUCUCCACUGCAGGAAUUGCUUGGGGCAGGAGCUGUGUUUUUCAUCUUCGGAGGAAUAGCAAUCUUAGCUAUUAUUUCCAUCUUCUUUUACAUACCUGAAACAAAGGGGCUUACCUUGGAGGAAAUUGAAGCUAAACUCCUCUAGUUUCCACAUUUUCAUGGAUAGCUUCUGUUUUACUAUCAUGUAAAAGAUGCUAGACACUUCUUUCGAAUUUUAACCAUGUUUUUUACUCUAUAAAUUAAUAAAUUAAUGGACCCAAUAUCCAAA